AUGCAGAAGCCACACCAACAUCUCAGAAACAAAAGCGAUCAAUUACAAAAUAACGCAAAGCCAAAAUUUAAACUCGAUUUAAAACAUUCUUUAAUUUCCCCCAAUUCCAAAUUUGUAGGGCUGACCAAUAGAGACUGAAAUAAUUCCCCAUACGCAGCUAUCAAAACUCAAAAAAUUCGUAAAAUUAGUUCAAAUUUGCCAACUCAGCGCAGCAAUUCUCCCGCAAAUCCAGAAUUUUUAACAGUUCAGACAACUAAACACCACAAAUCCAGCUCAGCUUUUAACUUUAUUAUAGGAGAUUCUCCUAUACAAAGCAAAAAUCCUUCCCCGAUUAAACUUCUGAAAAAUUCCUCGUCUGGGUUUUAUGUGUUUAAUGAUGCAAAGCAAGUCCAAGACUUAAGCACUGUGAGGAUGCCUAAUAAUAGAGAUUUUUCUGAAUUGACAGCUGAUCUGUUAGAGAAACUGAAAAAGUCUGAAAACGCCAGUAAUGAGGAAAAAUAUCAAGCUAUUAAUUCAGUUUUUGAUAUAGCUGUAAGGUCCAUUGCAAUAUGCUAUCGAUUUUAAUGAUUAUUUUUUUAUUUUAUUUAAAUUUAAAAUGUUUCCUAAUAAAUUUCCUUACUCCCCCCCCCCCUCCGUGAGCGAACAAAAAAAUUUUUGUUCGCUCACGGAGGGGGGUUAAUUUUUGUUUUUAAAAAAAUUUAUAUAUAAAUUUUAUAAAAAAUAUUUUUUUCGAAAUUUAAAAAAAUCCUAAUUUGCAAAAAUUGGGAAGCAAAUAUUAAUUUAAUUUGCAAAAUUUAUGUUUUAAAAAACGCAAUUUGUUUAAAAUUAAACAGAAUUAGCUCUAGAUUUCAUUAUACUAAUUAUCACUUAUAUAUCAAAAUUUUUUUCCAUUAAAAUUUUUUCUAUUAAAAAAAUUUUUGUUCACUCACGGAGGGUGGGUUUUUGGUCAAAAAAUGGCGAUUUUUCUAAUGGUUUUGUUCGCUCACGGAGGGGGGGGGGGGGAGUUAAUUUUUUCCAAAUUUUAUAAUGGUAUUUAGCUUUAACAAUUUUUUUAAAAAACCCUUUUUAGGCUUUGGGUGCUAUUAAGACUUUUGGAAAUAAAAGGAAUUUCAUAGUGUUCUAUAAAAAUGCAUACACUAUACAGUUAUACAGCUUGAUAAACCCUUUGGAGCUUUGCUAAUGAAAAUCAAAGAGUCAUAUGAGAGCCUGCAUCACGAAAAAGCUGCUUUAAAUGACGAAAAAAUCAAGUCAAAAAGUCCGACUCCUACAGCAUUUAACCUGCCAAAGCUCCAGCUGUCAAGAAGAAAUUCUCAAGACUUCCAAGAUGAAUUUAUGCAGCAUUUAGAUGAGUUUUCAGACAGCUGGAGAAAAGCGAUUAUCGAAGGAAGAUAA